AUGCUGUCCUUUAUACUGAUACAAAACCGGCAGGGCAAGACAAGACUGGCCAAGUGGUACGCUCCAUACAGCGACGACGAGAAGAUUAAGCUCAAGGGCGAGAAAUACCAGUCCAACUUUGUCGAGUUCCGCAACAACAAGAUUGUGUACCGCCGAUACGCUGGUCUCUUCUUUUGCGCGUGUGUCGACACCAACGAUAACGAGCUCGCCUACCUCGAGGCGAUCCACUUCUUCGUCGAGGUGCUCGACGCCUUCUUUGGCAACGUGUGCGAGCUCGACCUUGUCUUCAACUUCUACAAGGUGUACGCGAUCCUCGACGAAGUAUUCUUGGCGGGUGAGAUCGAGGAGACGAGCAAGCAGGUGGUGUUAACGAGGCUAGAACACUUGGAUAAGCUCGAGUGA